CGGAAGAAGCCGGGACGCACCCUCCUUCCGCCCGGCCCCGCAGACGCUGCUCGGCAGCCGGCGCGUGCAGCCCAAUGACCGCGGACAUGCGGGGCGCCGGGGAAGAGAGCACGGGACCAGGAUCAGAAGAGCAGGUCCCUCUGUAUGAAGAAUUUAUUUACUGUUGUGGAGCUGCUACUCAGGUCUUAAAGUGUGGGCCCUGGAAAGACCUCUUGGAAUCUGAAAGUAAAACUCUCCCCAGGCUCUUGUUUCUGAUUAUUCCAGUACUGUAUUUUUGAGAUAAUGUUAAUUGCCUGAGAAACAGAAGCAAUGAAUGACCCUUCUGGUUUUCCAGUUCCUUUUCAUGUGUUUGACUAAAAUCCUCUUUAUCUGUAACCCAGGACUGGCAGGCUAUUACAGGACCUUCAUACGGGCAUUAUACCAUGGACUAAACCGGCGGUACCCAGUUUGGAUUGUGAGCCAUGCUGGGCACUGCAAGCCCCCUAAUGGCAUGGGAAUGACAGAAGACACUGAUAUUAAAGAACUAGAGGAUGUCUUUGGACUUCACGGACAAAUUGAGCACAAGUUGGACUUCCUCAGAAAGAAUGUGCCAAAAGAUAUGAAGCUUGUGCUGAUUGGUCAUUCAAUCGGUUGCUACAUCACCCUUGAAAUGAUGAAGAGAGCAUCAGAACUUCAGGUUGUCCGCUCUGUGCUGCUGUUUCCAACAAUAGAACGCAUGGCUCAGUCCCCACAAGGCAAGCUCCUGACACCUGUGCUGUGCAAGCUUCGGUACAUUCUGUACAUGCCAGUCUACCUGCUGUCAUUUCUUCCGGAAAGAGUCAAAACUUCCAUGGUGCGGUUUGUGCUGCGAGGAUUGAAAUAUCCUGAUGAAGCUUCAGUAGUUACCUCCCUAAAUCUCUUCAGUGUGGAUUGUGUUGCGAAUGUCCUGUAUAUGGCAAGCCAAGAAAUGAUGAAGGUUGUGGAGAGAGACAGUACAACUAUAAAACAAAAUUUAAAGAAGCUGACUUUUUAUUAUGGAGUUGCAGACAACUGGUGCCCACAACAGUAUUUUGAAGAGAUCAAGAUGGAUUUUCCGGAUGGGGACAUUCGGCUCUGUGAGAAGGGAAUCCGCCAUGCUUUUGUCCUAGAUGCCAGCAGAGAGGUGGCGGCCAUGAUCACAGACUGGUUACAAGACAUUCUGACCAGAUUAUAAACAUUCUUUGAAUAAUGACAAGGAAAAAAAAAGUUACCCUUUGGUGAAUGUGUAGUUCUCUGUCUGAGUCUGAUCCUAAUUUUUCUGUGCGUUAUAAAUUAUGGCUUGUUUUCUACUGAGAUAUCUUACAGAAGGAUAAAGUCCCACUGACUGGUCUAAAUUAUAGCUCCAUCAGCACAAUAAUAUUGGAUCCCCAUGCUGUACCAGCAGGGCUCUACAAGGCAUUUCAGGGAUUCUAUCAAUUAUAGAGCAGGACU